AUGCCCACGAAGCCCCGCCGCCGACGUCCAAGGCUAAAGCCAGCAACUUCGAUCCCACAGUCUGAGCAUGAAUCCCGAACUCUCGCUUCCGCGUUCGCAAGUCUACGAUUGCCUGAUAUACCAUUCCAAGCACAACACUAUAUUUUGAAAGCCUUGCAGUGUCGUUUAGAGCAAUGUGGGUUCGAAUUCCUCCAGCGAUGUUCAUUGAGCCAGAUCCAACCACUUGAGUGGGGGUAUCCGGAGGAGAUGGAGUUACCCAAAUUCUUCGAAGUACUUCGAAAUUGCUUUGUGCUCUUGAACUCAAAAGCAAUCAUGAGCUGGAAGCAUAAAAUCACAGAAAUUCGCCAUGCCGCAGUUCACCGAGUUGCGCAAAACCGGCAUUCGAUUUGCAAAAAGCUUGACGCCGCCGUCGCGUUCGCGAAAAGCCUUGAGGAUUCUAAAUGUGCCGAAGAUAUCCGACUUUUCAAGUUGAGCUUAGAUGGCCUAUUAGCUGAUUUGGAUGCGCGUUCCAAACAGCUAAUGCCAUCCUCUGAGGCUGAGAAGAAGAUUCUUGUUGUUACCAGAAGCCGUCAAAAGAAUGGCUGA